GGUUUGCUUUGUUCUCUCUGCUAUGGAUUGCUCAUGAUACAAAUGUGGUGGAUGGGUAUUUAUAUAUAUUCUGUCUUAUAUCCUUGUCAUUCAGAAGUUUGAAUGUGAAGAAGUAAAAUGCUUGGUUUCCUUUUUACAAAUGCAUUUGUGGGAUCAAUUCUUCUUGCAGAAGCUUCUUCCAUAUUCCAAUUGGCUUGUAUGAAAGAAAUCUUUGAAGAAGAAAUUUCCAAGUAACCGUUGAUUUGUUGGUGUGCAAAGAUUGUCAAGUGGAAAGACAGCGACAUCUGGAGCGUUAUCAUUUUCAGUUGCAGCAUGCGAACAGGGCUGAUCUGCUAUAUGUAUAAAGAACCUGCUGCAUACUUCAUAGGAGAAAAAAAUGCAACUUUUGCUAUGAAAAUGCAGUUUAGGACAGAGAGCAGAUUAUUUAAGCCUGUUGGGUUUUAACAGUCUCUGUUUUUGGUUCUGUUUCAAAGUGAAAUCAAGUGGUAGGAGGCAAGAUGGGAGCAUCUAAUAAUACUGCUAGCAGCACCACAAGCUUUCUCAAUGAUCAGCUGUCUAAGAAGACAUCCAUAUUUGGACUGAGAUUGUGGGUUCUGAUUGGGAUUGGUGUUGGAGCAUUCAUAGUUUUGAUUUUGUUUGUUCUGUCCUUGUGGCUGACAUCAAGGAAGAAGUCAUCCAAGAGGUUGCCUGAAAAGCUUCCAUCUGCAUUGAUCCCCAUGAUAUCUAAGGAGAUUCAGGAGGUGAAGAUUGAUCCAUUGGGUAAUAGAGGAGGGGGAGGUGCUGCUGCCUCUUGUGCAAGGAAUGAUUCAAGUGACAGAGACAUGGAGAAGGCUGUUCUGAUUGGCUAUGGACACCAUUCCAAGCCUUCCUCUCACAGCUCUGAGGCAGAGUUGGGGGCUAAUGGGAAACCUAUUGAAAGACAGUCCCUAUUAGAUGAGAGAAAUGCUAACAGGCCACAGAGGGCAGUUGAAGGAGCAAUGCAUGAAAUAGGGCUUGCUGGGGAGAGAGACCAACAACAGCACCAUCAUCGUACUGGCAAUACGCCAUUUAGGGGUAUGUAUAAUGAAGGAGACAGACAUGGGUUGAUGUUAUCUGAUAAGGGGUCUAAUGCCAGUGGGGAGACUGCUAGAUCAGCUGAAUCACCUGCUACGUCUAGUUCUGUGCCUGAAGUGUCACAUCUUGGCUGGGGUCAUUGGUACACCCUCAGAGACUUGGAGAUUGCAACAAAUUGUUUUCAAGAUGAAAAUGUUAUUGGGGAAGGAGGUUAUGGCAUUGUCUAUAAAGGCAUAUUGCCAAACGGAAACAGUAUAGCUGUGAAAAACCUCCUGAAUAACAAGGGUCAAGCUGAAAAGGAGUUUAGAGUGGAAGUUGAAGCAAUUGGACGAGUUAGGCACAAAAAUCUUGUUCGGCUAAAUGGGUAUUGUGCUGAGGGUGCCCACAGGAUGCUUGUGUACGAGUUCGUUGACAAUGGUAAUUUGGAACAGUGGCUUCACGGAGAUGUAGGGCCUUCCAGUCCUCUCACAUGGGAGAUCCGAAUGAGAAUUAUUCUUGGGACAGCUAAAGGGUUAGCAUAUUUACACGAGGGGUUAGAGCCCAAGGUUGUUCACAGAGACAUUAAAUCAAGCAACAUUCUUCUGGACAGGCAAUGGCAUGCCAAGGUAUCUGACUUUGGACUGGCCAAGCUUCUGGGAUCUGAGAAGAGCUAUGUCACAACAAGGGUAAUGGGGACUUUUGGGUAUGUGGCACCUGAGUAUGCCAGCACAGGAAUGCUGAAUGAGAGAAGCGAUGUGUACAGUUUUGGGGUACUCAUCAUGGAGAUCAUAUCAGGAAGAAGCCCUGUUGAUUAUGGGAGACCUGCUGGGGAGGUAAAUCUGGUAGAAUGGUUAAAAAUGAUGGUAGGGAGCAGAAGGUCAGAGGAAGUAGUAGACCCAUUAAUGGAAGAAAAGCCCUCAGCCAGGGCUUUGAAACGAGCAUUACUGGUAUCCCUCCGCUGUGUGGAUCCUGAUGCUAACAAGAGACCCAAGAUGGGUCAUGUUAUCCACAUGCUAGAAGCAGACGAGUUCCCCUUUAGGGAUGAUCGGCGAAUUGGGCGCGAGGCUGCUGCGAAAGCUCGUCGUGAGAAUGUGGCUGCAAAUUCAAAACCAAAUGGCAAAGGCACAGAUGACAGUGAUGGUGAAUCAGGCAGCCCCAGUCACAAGACUAGGUGGAGAUAGAUUUAUUAGAUAUAUGGGAUUUUCACUGUCUCAUAUACCUCAGUGUGGUAGAUAACUACUAUAUAUACAAUCAUAUAUACGAUUUUUCUUGUUAGAUUGGGGAAGGCCUGUAAUAUAUGACUGACCUCCAUUGGGGUUCAUUUUGAUGUUGUUUCCUGGCAGAGAUUUUUAUUCCUUUUUUUCACACAGAAGAAUAUAUUCAUUUUUUGUCUCAGAA